AUGGCGACCAAGAAAUGCCCCUUCAGCGGCAUGUCACUGAAGGAGAAGACCGUGCUCCCAGGCCAGUCAUCUGGUGGCGCUUCAGACCUGGACCAUCCUGCAGCUUCGGGACGUGUGGCAGGCGCAGAUUCCCGAGACCCUGCCACCACCAUUCCCCCCCCCGCCUCCUCUGGCUGCCCCUUCCGGCGCUUCAUGGGUGGCGCCAAGGAGACAUCGUCUCCCGUCCCUGACCCCUCUCGGACCCCCAGCGAGCGGGGGAAUGGUAACAAGGAGGCGGGCAACCCUCCCCAGAUCAGCGUCAAGGCUGCCGCGCAAGCCGCUGGGUGCCCCUUUCACUCCCAGAUCCCGGAGCAGGCCGAGGCGCCCAAGGCACCUGGGAAAUGCCCCUUCCUGGCCUCUGGCGGCGCACAGCCCUCCACGCCUGUGGGCAGCGACGCCCCCAAGUGUCCCAUGGGCUUCUCCUCGGAAGUCCAGCAGAAACUGGGCAGCUUCCACUGCGUCCUGUGCAAGUCUCUCCUGCACGACUGUGUGCGCACGGCGUGUCGUCAUGAGUACUGCCGCGCCUGCAUCGAGCGGUACCAUGACUGCCCCAUAUGCGGCGCCGACGCCCAGCCCCUGACUGCCGCCCCGGAUGUCCAGGGGCACGUGGAGGCGUACAUUGAGGCGCAUGGCGACAGCCACUCCAUCUGGGAGCUGGAGGGUCUGGCCGGCGACGCCGGCGCCGAUGAGCCGCGCGGCCGCGCCAACUUCCUCCUUCAGCUGGGCCUUCGCGCGCUGGCGGGCGGCAACCUGCCCUCCGGCGAGCACCGGCUGACGCAGUGCCGCGGCGUGCUGCAGGCUCAGAUGGCCAACCGCGCCGCGCGGCGCGAGGCUGGGGGUGGGAACGGCGUGGUUUGCGACGGCGAAAGCGCUGCGAAUGAGGUCGGGAUGGGGGUCGCGGCUGGCGACGCGCAAGAAAGGGCCGCCGCCGAGGCGAGGAGGGCGAGCGCCAGCGAAGAAGACGCGGCCGACGCGUGUGCGCUGGCCACUGUGCAAGGCUGCCUGGGCGACUGCGCGCGCGCGCAGGGCCGGACCGAGGCGGCGCUGGACGCCUACCUGGCCAGCGCGGCGCUGCUGGGGGACGCGGGCGGGGCGGAGGCGCGGCAGACGCUGUCGGUGACGCUGAACAAGGUGGCGGAGCUGUACCACAUGCAGGGCCGGGUGGGCGAAGCGCUGCCCUUCUACACACGGGCCCUGGACCUGCGCGAGCGCCUGCUGUGCGACCUGGAAAGCGAGAACGACAGGGUGGACGGGGGGAGCACGCCCCCCGGCUGGGCGCCCGCCGCGCUCUCUGCGCUCACGGGCAUGGUCAAGACGGCGGACGCGCAUGCGGCGGCGGGUGACGGCGCCGGCGCAGAGCGACUACUGGGCCGCGCCCGGGCGCUGCUGGGUCGGCUGGAGGCGGGGCGCGGCGACCUGGCGCCGCCGCAGCUGCAGCGGCUGGAGGCGCUGUCCCAGUUUGUGGCCCAGCGGGGUGUCUGA